GUGGUCAACCGCGCGCGCGCUCUCUCUCUCUCUCUGACAAAACGAGAGAAAACGCUGACAAACCGAGAGAUCCGGCGGUGAUGGGCCAGUUAUUAAUUUGACCAUCUGGACGGGGGAACGCUCGGCCACCUCCAUGUCUUCUCCCUCGACUCCUCCCCUUUUCCUGCGCUUCUGGUAUCAUUAUUGGUCUAGUCUGGGCCAAGAUUCAUUCAAUCGAAUUCAUCAGUAUCUUGCCUUUCUUCGGUUCGUGUCGAUCUGAAAGAAGAAGAACGGAUUUCGUAGCAUCAUCAAUUCAUAUCCUGUCUCCGUCUACGAUAACCGUCGCUAGGUUUGAGCUGCCUUCCCGAAGGUUGGGAACGUAAGAUUCGAAGAUGGGAGAUGGAACAUCUACAUAUACCGUGGACGAGGCACUGUUGUCCUUGGGGUUUGGGAAGUUCCAAGUACUUGUGCUGGCUUAUGCUGGGAUGGGAUGGAUUUCAGAAGCCAUGGAAAUGAUGCUUCUUUCAUUUGUAGGACCAGCAGUUCAGUCGGAGUGGAAGCUUUCUUCCCACCAGGAAAGUCUGAUAACUAGUGUUGUUUUUGGUGGCAUGUUGCUGGGCGCUUAUUCUUGGGGUGUAGUUUCAGACAACUAUGGCCGGAGGAUGGGGUUUCUCUUUACAGCUCUAGUAACCACUGGAGCCGGUUUUCUCAGUUCAUUUGCUCCCAAUUACUUAUCAUUAAUUAUUCUACGAUUUAUGGUUGGUAUUGGACUGGGUGGUGGCCCUGUGCUUUGUUCUUGGUUUCUGGAGUUUGUUCCAGCUCCAAAUAGAGGCUUUUGGAUGGUCACCUUUCAAGCCUUUUGGACUGUUGGCACAAUAUUGGAGGCAUCACUUGCAUGGGCUAUCAUGCCGAAGUUUGGCUGGAGGUGGUUGCUAGCAUUGUCUUCUUUACCAUCAUUUCUUUUGCUAGUAUUUUAUGUUGUCACACCUGAGUCACCAAGGUAUCUCUGCAUGAAAGGCCGAACAGUUGAUGCAAUGCAUGUCUUGGAGAAGGUGGCCAUACUGAACCAUGUGUCGCUGCCUUCUGGCAUGCUUAUUUCUGAUCACAGAAUCGAACUUGAUGAAAUACCCAAUCCUUCAGGCUUUGAUCUUGAUGAAAACCCCAAUCCUUCUGAAGCCACUCAUUUAGUUACAGUUAGGAAGAAAAGCGUCAAUGAGGAGAAUAUGGAUUCUAAAAUAGGUGGCGUCAGUGCAUUUUUUAGGCUUCUUUCACCAAAAUUAAUCAAAUCAACACUUCUUCUUUGGGUGGUUUUCUUUGGGAAUGCAUUUUCAUAUUAUGGCAUUGUCUUGCUGACCUCUGAGUUAAGUAACGGGAAUAGGAUAUGCACAUCAAAUGAGAUGCAAUCAGGCCACUCAAAUGAUGGCCUCUACAAAGAUGUAUUUAUUGCUAGCUUUGCUGAGAUUCCUGGACUUGUUUUAUCAGCUGCAAUUGUGGAUAGGAUUGGUCGCAAGCUUUCAAUGUCUGCCAUGCUUUUUAUAAGUUGCAUUUUCUUGUUCCCACUGGCAUUUCAUCAGACAGAAGCAUUAACAACAGCCCUUCUAUUUGGUGCUCGAAUUUGCAUCUCAGGGAGCUUCACAGUAGUGUACGUCUAUGCUCCAGAGAUAUACCCGACCUCAGUCAGGACUACUGGCAUAGGAACCGCAAGUUCAGUGGGAAGAAUAGGUGGGGCUGUGUGUCCACUUGUGGCUGUCAGUAUGGUACAUGCCUGCCAUCAGACUCUGGCAAUUAGUUUAUUUGAACUUGUAAUAUUCCUUUCGGGAAUGGCCGCGUGUUUCUUCCCUUUUGAAACCAGUGGCCGCCGGCUGAGCGAUUCUUUGUCAGUUUGAAAUAAGCAAACUGCUUAUAGCAUCAUUUCCUUAUAUCUGUAUGAAUGAACUUUAUUAUGUUUUCUCUUUCCUUGCAGUA